UUAAACAUUCCCCUGCCAAAUAACGAACAGUAGGUACAAGAGCGAGCGACUUGUGUACUGUGACGAUAAGAUACUUCAUUGUAUUUACUAUCAAAAUGAACGGUUGUUUCGUGUUAGCAAUAUGGCUGGCUUAUUUUUGUAUCGGAACAAAAAUGGAUGAAAAGAUAAAAUACUUGGCCGUGGAACAUCCGCACGUGUCGUAUCACAACCUCUCGUAUUUAGAGGUCGCGAAAUUGACCGCCCAGCGAUACGGCCGCCGGAACCCGGUGUACUAUGUCGGGCUGAAUCUGAAAACCGUUGUAACCUUUGAUAAUAAUAUUAUAAUAGAUUUCAUAUUCUAUGAGUUCCUGAGCAACACGUACAGGCGCACCUUUGUCGAAAUGCAUUACCCUUGGUGCGACCUGAUCUUCAAGGAUAUGUUUUUUGGACCGGCUUUAAGGCAAGGGAAAUUGCUCAAACCCUGUCCACAUCCACCAGACGACUACAAGCUUGUCAACAUGACGGUCCCGCCGGCUGCCAUUCCAUCGUCUUUUCCAUUCAGAAAGGGCCGGAUACUCGCUAAUUUAACUACAGCAAAACCAAAACAUUGGGUGGCUUGUGGCCACAUAGACAUGGAGAUUAAGGAAAUCAGAGUGAAAGCUGGUACCAAGAUCCAAUUCUCUGGUGUUUGACACAGGAAUAUAACAGUUUAUUAUUGUAAUUAUAUUAUCAUAAACAUCAAUAAAUUCAUACGCUAACUUA